UAUAAAUACUUCGAUAUGGUUUGAGAAUAGUCAGAGUCACCUUGUGAAUUCUAAGAGAAACAUUAGUUCCAUUCAUCAAUAUGCAAGGUUUUAAGAUUUUGAUAGCAUUGUGCGUUCUUGUUGGCCUUGCAGCAGCAAGAGAUGGAAAACUCACCUUUCCAAAACCCCAGAAGAAGAAUAUUUGCUCGAACAAGGAAGACGGUGUUUUCCUUCCAGUUGCUGGAAGUUGCUCAAAAUACGUCAUCUGCUAUCAAGGAAAGACCCUGGAAAAGGACUGUGGUGAAUAUCAUUUCAAUUCAAAGAUCUUAGUGUGUGAUGUUCCUGAGCGUGCGGGCUGUUCUGUUCAAUCGUAUGCAAAAUCCACCACUCCCUCGAAGGUUGUAACUGACAAAGAUGUAAUAAUUCCCUAUCCAACACUCCCAACCUGCUAUGCAGUUGCCAAUGGUAUCAGAUUACCGGUCCCUGGAAACCCAAGGCAAUACUACAUCUGCAUGAAUAACAAAGCAUUCCUCAAGGACUGUGGAAACUUAUAUUUCGUCGCUAAGUACUCAGCUUGUGCUGUAAGGCAAGACAGCUCGGAUUCAUCGAACACCGUGACUCCAACAAAAGCCCCAUCAAACCAAAAUGGAGGUGAAUCAUCGGUUUGCUAUGGCAAACCAGAUGGCGCUCGUAUACCCGUAGCAGAAAACUCACGCCAAUACCACAUCUGCAUGAAUGACAAGUCAUUCCUCAAGGAUUGUGGCAAUAAGAUGCUCUUCGAUACUAAAUACUCUGUUUGUACCCUGGCUUCCUCCAAGCCCGAAGAACCCAUCCGUCCUGCCGAAGAACUAGAGCAAACGGAUGCCUUCAAAGAAGUAGCCCAGAAAAUGUGUGCAAACCGAAUCUUUGGAGAAAGAAUCAGUUUUCCCGGAUAUUGCUCGUUGUACAUCGUCUGCACAAUUAACUCUGGGUUCGUCAAAACUUGUGGCUGGAGGGAAUUCAACUCGAAAACAGCAUCCUGUGAUUUACCCCAGAAUGUCAAGUGCGAGUACAACAAUCAACAACAACAAACAACUGCCAAACUCCCCGAAAUCCAACCAACCUCAAGACCUUCGGUCGGCACAUUAUCCGAUCGUAUCUGUCUCAAUCAAAAAGAUGGCGUCUUCAUUGCAUCACCAGGAGUCUGCUCAGAGUUCUUCUUCUGUUUGAAGCAAAAGGGCUAUCGCAAGAAUUGCGGCAAGGAUCGUCAUUUCAAUCCAAAAUCCAUGAUCUGUGUGGAUUUGAAAUAUUCAAAAUGUAUUGACAUCUUUCCGCUAAAGAAAUCUGAACGUGCCAUUAUUCCGAGAGCUGUUGAUGACUCAAGUUGUAUCAAUAAACAAAGUGGAACUUUGUUGAAUAGUUCAGAGAGUUGUGGAAAAUUCAUAAUUUGUGACAAUGGAGUUGCAAGGCAAAUGGAUUGUCCAGCUGGAUUACAUUUCAAUUCUGUCGACAAUAUUUGUGAUUGGCCAACAAAUGUACAGUGUUCAAGAAACAACGGCUUGAAUGUACUAGAAUCUACUCAGAACUCAGAAAGUAUUAGCCCAUCACAAUUACCCACGAUUAUUAAUAAUACAAGUUCAGAAAAAGAUUCCACAAGUGAAGAAGAUGAAAAACCAGCAGAGGACCUUAAUAAUUUGGCAUCGAUUAUAAUUGGUGAAAUAUUGAAAGGAAUUUCAAAAUCCACUAAAAAUAAAACUGUGGAAAGUUCUGAUUCCGAUGAAGAUAAGAAACUAAAUUCUGAUGAAAUUCUUAUUUUUGAACCAGAAAUUACUAAUAAUGAUGAAAUUGAAAAAUUUGGAGUUGAUAAUUCAUCAGAUGAAGAGAUAACAAUUUCUGAGAAAGAUAUUGAGGGAGAUGAUGAUUCAAAAGAAGAAGAAGAUUCAAAAGAAUCAACUGAAAACUCAAAUGAAUUGACAACGUUAAUAAUUUCUCAAAUUUUAGAUGAAUUUUCAAAACCUCGCAUUACACGAAAUGCGUCAAACGAUGAAGAUGAAUCCCUUACAAGUGAUGAUCUUGUUGAUAAUGAUGAUGAUGUAGAUGAAAACAAGCCUGAAGAAGAAGUCGAAACUGAAGAUAAUUCAGAGUUGGCAUCUCCUUUGGAAAAUCUAGAUGAUGAAGAAUCUUCUCAAAAAGAUGACGAAAUCGUUUCUAACAUUGAAGAAUUUUCAAGAAAAGAUGGCUCACAAGUUGAAACAGAACCAUUAACUGAAUAUGAAUUAAUAGAAGAAGAAGAUUUCGACAAUAAUAAUGAAGAAGGGACCGAAAGUCUCCUACUAGCGAUAUGUGUCAUUGGAGCAGUGACUUGUUCACAUUCUGCCAGAAUCAAAAUUUCAUCGAUUAAAAGUCAACGAGAGUUGAUGGGAAAUGAGUGCAAAGGUCAUCCACAUGGAGAUCUCAUUCCAUACCCAGGAGAUUGCGGAAAGUAUUUGGUUUGUGAAUAUUUCAAUGGAACUGUGAUGUCAUGCCCAGGUGGUCUUCAUUUUAAUCCGGUUUUAAAAGUGUGCGAUUAUCCAACAUCAGCUGGGUGUAAUGAAGGGGGCAAUCCAGUAGAACCAUCAACGGAACCAACUCUACCCACAUCGUCCACAGAACCACCAACGGAACCGACAGAACCAACUCCACCAACAACGCCAAGCCCGACAACAGAACCACCGACAGAACCAACUAUACCAACACCGCCAAGCCCGUCCUCGGAACCACCCACAGAACCAACUCCCCCAAGCCCACCAACAGAACCACCAACGGAAGCGCCAACUUCACCUUCAACUGAGCCAACAUCCCAGCCAUCAACCGAACCACCAACCGAUCCAUCUACAGAAACCACAACACACUCCUCAGAAUUUCCAACCACCACCGAAACGGCUCCAACGUUAAGUCCUAAUGAAAAUGUUUGCGAUGGAAAAGAAAAUGGAGCUUUGGCCCCUUUUCCUUACGACUGCAACUGGUAUAUUCGUUGUGAAGAUAACUCCCCAUUGGUUAAGCGUUGUGCAGAAGGAAAGCUUUUUAAUGCAAUUCUUCUAAUCUGUGAUUAUCCAGAAAAUUUUAACUGUAUUGCCACACCCUAUCCCACCACAAGCACAACUGAAGCACCAACAGAGCCGCCAACUGAACCAGUCACGACAGUUGAUCCUACCCCAACGCCAACAGAGCCCGCUCUGGACUAUUGUAUUGAUCAGCCAAACGACACACUCUUGGAGUAUCCUUGUGAUUGUACGUGGUACAUUCGAUGUGUAAACAAUGGUGGGCACUAUGAACGUUGCAAAGAUGGAAGAGUUUUCAAUUCGGUUCUUCAAAUCUGUGACUUUCCCGAAAAUACCGACUGCAAGAACGGAACACGUCCAUCGACUUCAACUUCAACCACCGAACCGUCAGCUGAAGUUCAACCCACAACGACUACCCUUAGUCCAGUCCAGGGAUCAACUAAUCCACCUUAUGUGGGAACGGGUAUAUGCGAGAAUAUUGAACGUGGUACUUUCCUUCCAUAUCCUGGAAGAUGUGAUCUGUAUAUCGAGUGUAUAGAACCUGCUCCAACAACUUUUUCCUGUCCAUCCGGCAUGGAAUUCAAUCCAGAAGUACGUCAAUGUCAGAAAUUAGAAGAAGCUGGUUGCUCAAUUCCGAGAGUAACACCAUCCGAAGCCGUAACCACCACUGAAUCCACAAAACCUAGCCCUCCAAUUCUUUCCGGAAUAUGUUCCUCAGUCCCGCCAGGUGAUCUAAUUCCAUAUCCAGGAAAUUGUUCGCAAUUCAUCAACUGUGAUAAACCGAUUCCGACAGCUGAAGAAUGUCCGAUUGGUCUUGAAUUUAACGCUCGCCUUAAGUUAUGUGAAUUAUCUCAAGAUGCUGGUUGUUCCUCUUCACCAGAACACCCGCCAAAUACUCCCGCAACUCCAACAACACCACCAACUCCUUCGGGAGGACCUGCAGUAUGUGAAGGUCGCGAUGAUGGUGAGUUAGUUGCUUAUCCUGAAGACUGCAGAAAGUUCAUCAUAUGCCAACAACCGAUUCCGUCAGCCGGUCAAUGCGCCAACGAAUUGAUAUUCAAUGCUGAGCUGGGUAUUUGCGAUGAGCCCACUGAUACUGAAUGUGUGCCCUCUACAUUACCCCCCCAUACAGAAAGUCCCAGUGAUCCAACUUUGACGGGAAUUUGUAAGGGCCAUCAAGCUGGGGAUCUUAUAGCCUACCCAAGCAGUUGCACCAAAUAUGUUCGAUGCAUCACACCCGUUCCAAUUGCUGGGACUUGCAGAGAUGACCAGUUAUUCAAUGAAAUUCUGGGAAUUUGUGAUACAGCAGAUAGUGUGAAUUGCCCAGGAUACAUUCCCAGUCCCACCCCAGAACCUGGUCAAGGUACAACCACUGAACCUCCCGUUUCAACAAACGGCGUAUGCCAAGAUCACAACACCGGCGAUUUGCUUCCUUAUCCCGAACAAUGCAGCAAGUUCAUUCAAUGUGCAACUCCAGUUCCUUAUGCCAAGACCUGUUCAAACGGUUUUCAUUUCAAUGCAAAACUUUCGAUUUGUGAUGAUCCCGAAACAGCAGGAUGUGAAGAUGCUAUCAUUUCAACCACACCAGCCUCCCCGUCUGGCUCGAACAUCUGUUGUGGUGUUGAAAAUGGAACUCUUGUCCCAUAUCCAGAAGAUUGCACUCAAUACAUCCGAUGUGAUUAUCCGAUUCCAGCGGCCCUCCAGUGUGACAAUGGUCUUCAUUUCAAUUCUGUCAGCCAGAAAUGUGAGUCCAUAGAAAAUGCGUCAUGCCAAUGGUACAAACCCAUGUGUGAAGGUGAAGAUGAUGGAACAGUUUUUCCGUACAGUGAAGAUUGCAAGCAAUACUACUUCUGUAGUGAGGGUGCAGCUAUUUUGUUGCCUUGUACCAUAGGUGCUAUCUUCGAUUCAACUGUCGGGAAAUGUGUUCCAGGAGAUGCUUGUCCGUAAGCUGCGCUCAAGCUUGAAUUAACCUUAGAUAUUAUGUUAUUUUUAUUUAAGUUUGUGGAAGAAUAAACUGUGUACAUAAAAAAGUUGAUGUUUAAAUAUUUGACAGUUCCUACCGGACAGGGAAAUUUAAUUUCCCAAAAUCCACGGGAUAUUUAUUUCUGUACAAAAUGUCAGAUUG